AUGAACACCGAGGAGCAGUAUUACGCCUCGGCGCAGCUCUACAAGGAGUCGUGUGCGUUUCAGAGAGCCCAGGCGCAGGAUUACAACCCCAGCCCCCCCGCCUGCCUGUACGUGGGCAGGCAGCAGCAGACUCCUUACCCCAGCGCCCUGGGGGCCCUCGAGCAAGGCAGCCCGCCAGAUAUUUCACCUUAUGAGGUGCCCCCCAUCACAGAGGAUGCCGGGGUCUCCCACCUUCAUCACCAUCACCACCAUCACCCUCAUCUUCCUCCUCCCCACCAGGACGCCCUGCCUUUCGCAGACGGGACGGACACGGGGGGGAUAGAGGAGCCCCGAGUGCAGGUGCCUUUCGCCUGGAUGAAGUCCACCAAAUCGCACGCCUGGAAGGGACAGUGGACCGGGGGGUCCUACGUGGUGGAACAGGAGGAGAACAAGCGGACGAGGACAGCGUACACCCGGGCUCAGCUGCUGGAGCUGGAGAAGGAGUUUCUCUUCAACAAGUACAUCUCCAGGCCGCGGCGGGUGGAGCUGGCUGUCAUGUUGAACUUGACCGAGAGGCACAUCAAGAUCUGGUUCCAGAACCGGCGCAUGAAGUGGAAGAAAGAAGAGGACAAAAAAAGAGGGGCCGGCAACAGCAAUGACCCCGAGCAAGACUGUGUGGUAUCCUCGGGGGAGCUGCAGGCCAAGGAGGAUCUCCAGCCGUGCACCCCGGGGAACCUGCCCUCGGGGGCCUCCAGAGACCUGCUCACCCCCAGUCUAGCCCCCAGAAGACAGCAGGACUCCCGGUGAGCCUCCAGGAACCCAGGCCGGGGGGGAAGGAGCCGGGGAGAGGCUGGCGCCGGCUGCCUGCUGCCGUGCCGUGGUCCAUCCUCUCCUGCUUUCCCCCGGGAAGACUCGAGAAGGACUCUAAAAUUACCGUCCUGCAAAAAUUAUGUGAAAGGUGUUCAGCUACAGCAAAGCGAGGCUCGCUGCGCACCGUGGGGCCGGAGGAAGCCGCAGCGAGCUGCCGGGGUGCUGGCGAGGCAGGCGCUGCUUCGCCUGGGCAGCCCGCGCCGCAGCGAGCCCUCCGGGCUACUUUCCCCCCGGGAAUGCCAUCUCGAGCGGCCGCCGGUGACACCAUCGGUGUUAGCCAGGGUGCAAAGAGCGGCCUGGAAACCGUAGGAGACGCGGGAGCAGGCGGCCUUGCCGCGGACGGCUUCCCGGUCGGGGCCCGCAGUGCCCGGCGCUGCACAAGCCCAGCACCCCAGACCUUCCCGGGGCCGGCACCCCACAGAUCCCGUCCCUUCCAGAGGCUCCGGGGCAUCGGCUUUAGGGAAGACUCCCCCAGGACUAUUACUCACUUAUUUGGA